AAAUGUUUUUUUGCUAGCCGCCGUCCUCCCCGAAACCCUAAUCCCCAAAUCGAAGGAUCGGGAGCCGCCGGAUUGGUCCUCAAAUCGACCCCAAAUCGAAGGAUUGAGCCAGGGACGCCGCCGGAUCCGUCCUCUAAUCGACCGCCAUGGCGAUCGCCCGCACCGGCGUGUACGUCGACGACUACCUCGAGUAUUCGAGCACGCUGGCCGGCGACCUGCAGAGGAUUCUCUCCACCAUGCGCGAGCUCGACGAGAGGGCUCAUGGCAUUAUGGGACAGACCAAAGAACAGAUAAAGUAUCUACUCGGAGUGCCAUCCCAUGGGUUCGACAGGUCAAACAUGGAUGAUGAUGAAUCUGCCUCAGAGAGAAUGAAAAAGGACAUCGAAGCUAGUCAGGACAAUGCGUUGAGUCUCUGCACCGAGAAAGUGUUGCUUGCACGCCAAGCUUAUGACCUGAUAGAGAGUCAUAUCAAACGUCUGGAUGAAGACUUAGGCCAGUUUGCAGAAGACUUGAAGCAAGAAGGAAAGAUACCUCCAGAUGAACCAUCAAUCCUUCCUGCAAUUUCAGCAUUUAGCAGGGAUGACAAACGGAGGCCUGGUUUCAGUACACCUCAAGCAACAAAGAAGUUCAGAGAGAGGGAAUGGGACAGGGAAAGGGGUAUGGACUUCGACUUAAUGCCCCCUCCAGGUAGCAACAAGAAAACAACUGCACCUAUGGAUGUGGAUCAAACAAUUGAUCCAAAUGAACCAACAUACUGUAUAUGCCACCAGAUUUCAUAUGGUGAUAUGAUUGCUUGUGACAAUGAUAACUGCGAAGGAGGUGAAUGGUUCCAUUACACUUGUGUUGGUCUGACACCAGAAACGAGAUUCAAGGGGAAAUGGUUUUGCCCAACAUGCAGGAAUCUUUAAUGAGAGGUUCUCCAAAGUUGUGCGAAGCAGGACAGUGGCUCCACUGCUCAUGUGUUAGUUCGGCGCUCGGAGCGGUUUCAGAAGAUGCAUGAGGGAAUCCUCAGUAAUGAGUUGGUCCAAAGUUGGUAGGAUGCAAAAUGGUGACAACUUUGGAAUUGUAGGGUGCGCAUUACUUGACAGUUAACAGUGGGUUAAGGUUGUUGGUUCACCAGGUUUACUUUAGUUUGUCCAUGUAUAUGCAAGGGGCAACAGUAAGACUAUAUAUAUAAACUUGUUCAAAAAUCUCUCCCUGUGAGACAGUUGUUCUUAUAGUGGUGAAAUGCUUUACUGCUCAGUGCAGCUGCUGUAGUCUCCCAAAUGUUGGCUACCAAGUAUCCAUUUCCAUAGUUGGUGAAGCUUCA